AACAAUAUUGGUCUUAGCCCCGGAUGUUUCUAAUCACAGCUCGUAUAUAAAUAACUGAGGCUAUCAAAUUGGUUUCAUGAAAGACUUUACAGUUCAUCACGGCAACUUUCUGCCUGACUGCCAUAAGCUCUACUAAUGUACCAUCUGCCAUCACGCUACUGGCUCUGAUAUCUCAUUUCACACUUAGCCCCUCCAUCUCUACUCACUCGCCCUCCACUUUUGACCACCUCUCACAUUUCUUCAGCUACUCUUCUGUAUGACCUUCGGCCUUUAACGCGCCGUGCUGUUCAUUUGCACGUCUUGAAGUGUCCAGCUCUGAUUCAAGGAACUGAUUACUCGAAUAGCCUGUACCGUUUUGAAGUUAUGCCCCUUCGAUCGGCAUCGGAGGACGCCGAUGAGUUGUCAGUUGACCAGUCCGCCAUAUCCCUUCUGCAAAGGUCUUCGGAGAAUGAAGUACAAUUUUCUGCAAACAAACGUCCAUACAUAAAACGUGCCCUCGACACUAUUACCCUGCUUUGUCUCUUCUCUAUCUCAUUUGUCGUUAUCUACAGCACAUUUCAGCACCAGAGUAAACAACCAGAACUCAAAGCUCGAACAUUCACCUGCGGCAAUACAACUGCUGAUGCACAGCAAAACAACUGUAUUUAUGAUCCUCUGGCUGUCAGUUGGGUUCCUCGGCAAUGCCUUGACUCUGAAUCUCUUCAAGAGUAUUACGAUCACGGCCCAUGGGAUUAUUUCCAAAAUAAGAACAAGUCUGGAAAAAUAGACCCAUUAGACCUUGGCUUUGAAAUGUACUAUACAACCAUCCGAGAGCACGUUGUACAUUGUGCUAUAGUCUGGCAACGUUUGCAUAGGUUCACCACUGGUUCUCACACAAAUUCUGUGAUGACAUCCUCGUUAAGCGAGUCAAAUUUGGAGCAUACAGAACACUGUUCUCGUAUGUUGAUUAAAUGGGUUGACAACUUUAACGCCACUAAGCUUCAAGAGCUAGAAACUCGAAAUAACCCUGGCUUUCAAACGUGUUCAAUACUGGAGAGAUGAUCAUCCAAAAGUACUGUAACUCUGACUCUGUAUAGAUUACGAGUUGAUUAGUAGGAUUGAGAUUGAGUAAGAGUAGAUAUGUUACAACGCAAGAUUAAGAUUCGUGGUUGCAGUAUCGGAUUGUAGUCAUAUUUUAGAAAAUUAUGGGAAUUCUAAAAACAUAAGAUUAUCUGAAAAGUUGAAUGAAUAAAGAAUAUACAGGAAGGUUAAGCGAAUACUUUAAUAGAAAAUCAAUUUCUAGCUAUAUAUUAUUCUUUCUUUAUUGUUAAAAUUAUUACUUUUAUUUUCUAAUAAUUUAAAAAAGAUAGUAUUUAAUAA